UGUGCGGAUUUCAGUUGCCGUUCAACUGCCGCGAAUUCCAAACGUCCCACGCGGAUGUCCACAGAAGAAACGACUUUUAUUGUGGCGCGCAACUCGAAAUAUGAAUGCGACAAGUUCAAUUGUUAAACAUUGUUUUUCGGAAUGAAUGAAAACUCAAUUCUUUGAUUUGAAUGUGAAUAACGAAUGAUGAGUGGGAAUAGUGAACUACUCAAUGUCAGCCAGUAAAAAGUGUUAAGAUUAAUAAUAACCACAAGUGUCGCUGCUGUUUUUGCUGCUGCUGCUGAUUUGUUAUCGCCUGGGUGCAGUGCGUGCCGCUUAAAAGCCAAUUUAAGUGGCAAGCAUUUAAUCAAGAGUCAACUCUCGAGUUGAGGCGACGGCGCAGCAUUGUCACAAAAGAGAGACGACGACGCACCGGCGUCCUUGGCAUGCCUUCGUGCGUGUGCCCCAAUCCCCCGGCUCCCCUCCACCGCGCGAGCAUCCAUUGUUAAGGAGCUGCUGCCUUCCCGCUAAAAUUCCCAGUGAAAACAUAGCCAUAAAUUAACAACUAAUUCAAUUAACUGCUGACAACGUGAACGAGGCGCUCAAGCUGCAGUCAGGACACACAUCACAGUACCCCCAUACCACUAUACCAGAAACAGGCUUGAACGGCAAAGGACUUCUCACCCCGCCACCUCCACUCCUCACUUCCCACUCAGUUGCAUUCUUCUGCACAUAACGAGCUGGGUUCGUCUUUUCGCAUUCUGGAAUUUGGUUUGAAUGCCGCAGUCAAGUAAUGGCUGAAAGUAGCAACAGCAGCGGUGGCAGCAGCAGCACCAACAUCGCUGCCGAAAGUGGACCGGAUUUUGAUGCAUUGCGAAUCGCUUGCGAUGCGCGUUUGAAUAGCAGCCACCAUGUGGCAGGUUCCUACUGCGCCGGCACCUUUGAUGGGUGGCUCUGCUGGCCCGACACGGCCGCCGGCACAUCCGCCUAUGAACUGUGCCCGGACUUCAUCACCGGCUUUGAUCCGGCGCGAUAUGCGCACAAGGAGUGCGGCGAAGAUGGCGAAUGGUUCAAACAUCCAUUUAACAACAAAACCUGGUCGAAUUACACCACCUGCGUGAAUUUAGAUGAUUUGGCGCGCAAUCACAAUGUAAACCUGAUAUAUGAGGUGGGCUACACCAUCUCCCUGCUGGCCAUUCUCCUAUCGCUGUCCAUCUUGGGCUACUUCAAAUCCCUCAAGUGCGCCCGAAUCACGUUGCACAUGAAUCUUUUUAGUUCAUUUGCGGCAAACAGUUCGCUGUGGCUGAUUUGGUAUAUGGUGGUGGUGCCAAACUCGGAGCUUGUGCAGCUCAGUCCGGGCUAUUGCGUGGCACUGCACAUUAUACUACACUAUUUUCUGCUGACGAACUAUUCGUGGAUGCUGUGCGAGGGCUUUUACCUGCAUACGGUGCUGGUGUCCGCUUUCAUAUCGGAGAAUAAACUGGUCAAAUGGCUGAUAGCCUUUGGCUGGUGCUCCCCAGCCAUUGUCAUAUGCAUAUAUGGACUGGCUCGCGGACUCUCUGGCAGCCGGGAGGAGAAUCUACACUGCUGGAUGAAUGAUACCGACUUCAACUACAUUCUGAUAGUGCCCGUCUGCAUUUCAAUAUUCCUCAAUUUAUUAUUCCUCUGCAACAUUGUACGCGUCGUCCUGCUUAAGCUAAAAGCCCCGGCCAGUAUUCAGGGCAGCUGCGGACCAUCUCGCACCGUCCUCCAGGCGUUUCGGGCAACGCUGCUGCUGGUGCCGCUGCUUGGCCUCCAGUAUAUGCUAACGCCAUUUCGUCCUGCCCAGGGGCAUCCCUGGGAGUAUACAUACCAAGUCAUCUCGGCGUUCACAGCCUCAUUUCAAGGUCUGUGCGUGGCAACAUUGUUCUGCUUCUUCAAUGGCGAGGUGAUUGCCCAAGUGAAGCGCAAAUGGCGGACGCUGUGCUUCAGCAAUAGACCACGCACCAAUUCCUAUACAGCCACUCAGGUCUCGUUCGUGCGCUGCGGUCCGCCAGUGCCUGGCGAGGAGAAGGUAUGACUAAAGGACUUGUCCUCAUCGGCCAAACGACGCGCCUCCUCAGCGCCCCAUCAUCAACAGCAACAGCAAAAACAGCGGCAACAGCAGCAGCUGCAAAUAGAGCAGCAGCGGACACGCAGCCAGAGCAUGUCCUUGACAGCUCACACUACCACAGCAAGCUCGUCCCGACUGCUGGAUGGUUGGCGGCAAAAACUGCACUUCCUGCGGCGCCCCAACUUGGAGAAUGCACACCAGCGUCAGCCGCUCAUGGGGGAAACUGGAGCUGGUAACAUGCAGAUGCAAUUGCCAGUCAAUGUGCAAGCGGAGGUAGUCAAACCAACGCUGAUGACGACAAUAGCAGAGGAUGCCGCCGAAGCAUCAGCAGCAGCACCAGCAAAUGGUACAGGAACAGGCUCAUCUAUUGGUACAGGUGUUGUCAUUGUCAGCAUGAAUGCAACUGCGAAUGCUGAUCACAAUAACAUAGCCGAUGAGGCGCUUUAAACUGCCCCAACAAACACACACACAUUAAUACACAUCUAAUGCAUACAACCGAGUCACAAAUCUUGUAAGAAAAUCUCAUAGUCUAAGCCAAUUUUAAGUAGCUACCCGCCCAAAAUAGAUAACUCUACAACUGUAUACCAAACAAGUGAAAAGGACUCCACCUACCACAAAAGUUCCCCAGGCCGAAGAAUGUUGAACUACAAAUAGCUGAAUAUCUUAGCAAAGUUGCGUUUCACAAAAACUUCCAAGCUAAAUCUCCAUUUUUUUGCAGCAUUAUCUAAGCCAUAAGAUCAAAUUAUAAUUAAUUUUAAAAUGAAAUACGAAACUAACAAGAAGAUACAUUUAUUUAAUUAUUUAUCGCAUUUUCUAAUUUAAUACGAUUAAGUUCAAAGCACAACUGGCGCAUCUUAUUUAUAUUCAACAAAACUGUGCAAUAAAAGUAUUAUUGUAAAUCCAUUCUGAUUUGAAAUACGGAUCAGAUUAAAAAAAAAUCCUACCAAACGCUGCACAAAAGCUGGCGACAUUGUUGUAAAAACGAAAUGCAACUUGCAUUUAGUUAAAGCAUAAAAAUAUACAAAUUUAACUAUUAUAUGGUUAUUAAGAAUUUAUGUGGAUAUCAAAUAUCAUUGUUGUCUGUAAGUGUCAUGUGUCUCUGACUAUAUACAUAUAAAAUCGCAUAUGUGGCUAUAUAUUUAAGUUGUAAGCUGAGCUUUCUAACAUUUCAACUGGAGCGCUUUAUAUUUUCGCCAUUUUAGAUGAAUGCUUCUUAAUCUGUGUAU